GUUUGAUUUAGGUAGUCUCUUAUCACUCAGGGUUUGUAUAUAUGAACUAGUUCAUGGCAUAUUGGAGUGUGAAUCGGUACACACACAGUUUCACAUGCACGCGCCCCCAUGCCAUAGACUAACUGCAUCCUACUAAUGAAUACAUUAACAGUCAUUAAUAUGCUUUGAUCUGGUCCAAUUUCAAAGACUAGACUAACGCACAUUAAUGAGCUGCCACCAGGGUGCGCACAGACAGCUAGUCCACACCAGGCUCCCAGCCUCCCAAAGUCCAUAUUGUCAUCUGACUCCUAACAAGUCAAGACAUGAGUCAUUACACAUCUCUAAUCAUAAACUUAAUCUUUUAAGAUCCAGAAGCCAGUAAAGGCCCCACUGCAUGCCUACCUACUAAAUCAGCAGACUGUUUCAGGGCUAGGAGAAUAAGAUGGACUUUCUAUCAGCUCUGUGAGUCUGUUUAGCAGUAAUAUCCGUACACGACCACCCUUUCCAACACCAUGCUUUUUUCCUUCCCUACAGUGGCAAGAUUCCUUAGGGCCCUGAUUCAUGUUUUUCUCAAGAUUGAGGAGCGCCCUCUCUUGUUCUAACAGGGUUGAUGGGUCUCCCCUAUACCAUGUACCAAUGAAGCCUGCCUCUUUAGUAACCAUUACAUCAGCUGAAAAAGUAGGAAAGAUGUGGGGGCCCCACAUCAGCUGCUCAUAUAUGGCAUUUUGUAAGGAUAGGGUCACUCUCAAGUUCCUGCCCAUAUUUGUUUCAGUAUUCUAGUCCAUUCAGCUCCCAAUUUUUUCCGAAAUCUCAUUCAACCCCAGGGGAAGUUAAACUUCACAAAUGUAAUGUAAUAAGAGACUCUGUGCAUUAAUGGGACAAAACCAUUCAAACCACUGAUGGUUGCUCUUCCGUCGCUUGUGCUGCUACAGCACUGAAAAUGUAGGUAAGCCCUUAUAUAAAAGCUUACAUGCUAAGAGCUACGUAACACUUCUUGGGAGACAUUUUGUACUUCCCUUUAGAGGUCUGGCUUGGGCCAAAUUUUGAAGCCAAACAUGACCAUUUGGGGCCUUUGCAAAGGUUAAGAAAUGGGAACUAUCAGAUUUUUUUUAAGUGGGAUUUUGACUACAUCAGAAUGUGUUCUAAGUUAGUGAGGGUUAGAACUCAUUCCACUAAAGCUUAGGUAGCCUGUUUGUGACUCAAAAAUCUGUGGGCAGCAAUGUGGAGCUCAAUCCAGACCUUUACAAGUCCCUACUCUUUGGCAGAACCUUCAAAAUUGGAUGCCCAUUUAGUCCUGCAGUCAUUGUUUAAAUAGGUCUUCUACCUACUUCCAACAAAUAGAUGACUGUUAGCCACCAAGAGUGGAAUCCAUGGGACAGUACAGUCGGGGGGUGGGGGGUUAUCCUACAGUAACUGGUUCUUCAUGAAGUGUUGUCCACAUGAAUGCUGGGACUCACCUUCCUUUCCUGCUUCUACAGCGUCUUAUACGAGUGGGAUUCUGUAUUAGUAAAGGGAAUUGAGGAACAGUUGGGGCCCUGUGGGGGGAGGAAUGCAGAGUAUCUAGGGCACAGGUGUGGCCCCAAUAGACACUGCUGGCCAAAUGAAUUGGAUCUCAUUUUUAACAGCACAUGCACACCAGAAGUAGAAUCCACGUGGACAACACAAAUCAAAGCACAGUUUAAGUAAUUCUACUUUCCUAAGAUUUCUGAAAAUUUCUGUUCAGCUUGUUUAGUUGGACAGAUACUUUUCAAGCAUUUUAACUCAACGCUUUUUAUGUGCUGAUGCUGCACCUAGUUGACGCCAGUCUGAAUGGUUAGACAAAAAAUCCAGGUGGCUGGAUAGCAGAUGAGAGUAAAUUAUAUGGGAGCGUCAUAGUCCACCAUUCUUCCUCUUAAAAUGUAGAGGAAUCCCAGGGGACCGGAUGAAUCAAUUUGUCUUCUGAGAUGAGUCAAAGUUGCUUACAUUUUUCAGUGUCUUUCAUACAAAAUGUACCUUACAACACACAUGGUAGUAUUGGUGGUGCCUUAUAGGGAUGUAAGAGCACAAAUUCCCUACCCCACAGAGUUUACAGGUUAUUACAACACCGCUAUAAUAAAUGUUUUGUAUUAAAUAUGAGAAAAUUUUGCAAGAUAUGGAAAAUGUGGGAUAAAAAUCCCUGAAUUCAUAGGAUUGUGGCAGUCUGUUAUUUCAUUAAAGUGCUAUGCAAACACUUGUAGUAAACUGUUCUUCCAUCAAGCUUCUAAAUUAGGAACUACAGGAACAUGUAGCAAAGCAGAAGGGUGGGUUUUUUGUAUCUGUGGUUAUUUGCAACAAGUCUGUGACAGAUCAAGGAAAACUCUACUUUUCAGACGUUAUUCUCGGUUGUUCGGGGGUUUUGUUUUUGUUUUAAUCUUGUCUGCUGUCACAGAAAUUGACUUUUAUGGGAAACCUUUUGUAUAGCUACAUGCUUUUAGGACAAUAGUUGUCAGACUUUUUUUUUUCUUGCGAAAUGGUUCCUGACACAUUGUGACUUUGCAAAACAGCUCUGUAUGACACUGGUUAUACAGUGAUUAUUUAUAAUAUUGGAAGUGACUCUGCUGGUUAGUGACAGCUAUGGAUAAAAAUACUAGACUCAACACAGCUGCAAAGAAUACCUUGGCAAAAGCAUUAUAUGACAACAAGGCUGAGUGUUCAGAUGAGCUAGCCUUCCGCAAAGGAGACAUCCUAACGGUUCUUGAACAGAAUGUCUUAGAGAGUGAAGGAUGGUGGAAAUGUUCCCUCCAUGGAAGACAAGGCCUAGCUCCUGCUAAUCGCCUCCAACUCCUUGCUAGUUCCCAGGCAGACAUGUUGUCUCUCUCCUCUGAGCAUGAUUCCCAGGAAUUGCCCAUCUGUCAACAAAAUAUCUACCAGGUCCCAUCAGCUCCCAAGUCUUCCACAUUGUCACCUACGUAUGAACGGAUGGACAGUUGGAUUAAGCCACUUCCUUCUUCUGUUUCUUCUCCACCUACUCAAGAAAUAUAUCAGGUGCCAGCUUUAGCUGCACAAUUAUUCCGUGAAAAGACCCAAAGCCUAACCAAUCAGCACCGGUUUACUCUUCCCACAGCAUCUCAGGCCUCCAUACCAUAUAUAAAAAAUGAGGCUUAUGAUGUUCCAUCACCACAACACCGGGUGGCCUUAUUCACUCAGAGGUGUGCCACUCCACCCACAGCCAGAAAGGGCUCUAUACCGAUCCCCUCCAAAGAAUAUAUCCAGGAAGAGCGGCAACAGCUUUAUGACAUCCCAUCCAGCUCGGAAAAGGCAGAAAUCUAUGUCCAGCAAGACCCUCCAGGGAGCAGUGUGUAUGAUGUCCCCCCCACAACUGCAAGAGACCAUGACAUUUCACUACAAAAUUUAUCUCAAAUAAAAUGUUUGGGUCAUUAUACUACCUUGCCAAAUCCUCGGAAGUCAGAAUGGAUUUAUGAUAUUCCGGUAUCACCUGAAAAAAUGGGUUUAAAAAAAGAUCCUUCCGGUCGUUCCCUGGAAAAGCAGGUGCUGUAUGACAUACCGCCAGCCAGAUAUGGUUCUAGUUUGCAAAAUGUUCCAUCAACAAAUAUCAAAAGCAAAUCAGUGAAUCCACAAAUGUAUGAUGUCCCACCAACACAGAGAAAAUUAACCUUUCCUGAUAUCCCUCGUUAUAAUGUACCAUCCUCAUGUGACAUGCAACUUUUGCAGCAAAACGGUAACUAUCAUGUUCCACCAAGCUUUCUGACUCCAAGGGUUGAGCAGAACUCUGAACCAAAUGUUUAUGAUACUCCAAAAGUGCUGCCUACUGCUUUACAGCACAGGAAAGGGACUGAAAAAAACAACAGUAGUUUUGGAAACCAUACUUACAACAUUCCUCCACAGCUGUCAAAAGAUUCCAAAUUAGAACAAGACAGGUUAUCAGUUUCCAGUGUGGACAGUAGAACCAGUACCCUAUCUACAUUAUCAAGCACUUCUGCUGAGUCCUCUUCUAUGUCAUCAUCAGAAGAACCUGCAAAAGAAAUUGAAUUGGAGCUUGACUUAGCCAUAGAAGCAUUGACCAAGCUGCAGCACAGUGUAUCCAGUUCAGUUGCAAGUCUGAUGAUUUUUGUAAGCAGUAAGUGGAGAUUCCGGGAACACCUGGAGACAAACCUUGAGGAAAUCCAUAGAGCAAUUGAUCACAUAAAAGUAUCUUUGGGAGAAUUCUUGGACUUUGCUCAAGCCAUCAAGGUGAAUGCCUCUUGCGUCACUGACAAUAACCUUCAAACCAGAAUUAAAACACAACUGAAAAUUCUUACAGACUCAUUCCAGAUCUUGGUAGAAACAAGGGAAGCACUGAAUAACUGCAAGUGGUCACUGGAAGUUCUGGUCAUUAAGAAACCUCAGAAUAACCCAGAUGAUCUUGAUCGGUUUGUUAUGGUAGCCCGCACAAUUCCAGAUGAUAUCAAGAGAUUUGUAUCUAUCAUCAUAGCUAAUGGAAAGCUUCUCUUCAAAAAGAAUUGCAAGGAAGAAGAGACCAAGACACCAAAAAUUGGUACAGAUUAUAAAAUGGCAAAGCCGAUCCCAAUACCCAGAAGAAGAGAACUUGAUUCACUCCAAAGAAAUACUUUGGAUAAACCAAACAAAAACAAAGUCUCUUCUGAGAAAUCAAGAGAAAAUGUCACUGAAGACUGUGAUUAUGUUCAGUUACAGAAGUCUCCUGGGUUGGAACAGGCACAAAAAACCCUUUCAGCGAAAGAGGUGGCAAAGAAGAAUGCAGAUUUAAAAAGAAAGGUUUUCCCACCUUCAAAAAAGCAUAAUAUUCAGAACAACCUGGACUUGGCAAAGAAAAUCACUCUCUCAGAAACCUGUAGACUGUAUUUUGGUGCCCUUCACAAGGCCAUUAGGGUGUUUACCAGUAGUCUUAGCAAUAAUCAACCGCCUGAAGUCUUCAUAGCACAGAGCAAACUGAUCAUUAUGGUGGGACAAAAGUUGGUAGAUUCUCUCUGUCAGGAAACUCAAGAAAAGGAUAUUCGGAAUGACAUCCUCUGCAGCAGCAGCCAGUUUUGUAGCCUGCUGAAGAAUUUGGCUGUUGCCACCAAAAAUGCGGCAGUGCAGUAUCCAAAUACAGGUGCCGUGCAGGAACUUCAAAAUCAAGCUGAUGAGCUGUCUAAAUACACUCAGCAGUUUAGAGCAAUGAUGGAAUGAAGAAGUCUUUCCAUUCUUAGAAUAGAAUGGUGAAAACUUUAGGAUCUCCCCCUAUUUCUGGGUUUUAACCCCUCAACUAUGGUAUCCUGAGAGCCAAGGAAGACAGGACUCCACAAAGAACCCAAAUGCCAGUAUUAAAUCAGCCAUACCCUGUAGAGGUUGCUGUUGGGCAAUGAAAGGUGUACUAAGGCCCUGAGAGCAGGAGACACUAGGAAUGUUACACAGGCUGCGGCAGCAAGCCUUGGCCUCCCAGUCUGGGUUGACAGAUUUGGGUUAGUGGGGCAUGCUCUGGUGCUCUAAAAACAGAUGUAUAGACAGCGCUUUGAAGUGACAGUGAAACUCAACCCCUCCUAGGCUUCAGAGCUUGUGCUCCAGCCCAAGCUGCAAUUUCAAAGCGCUGUCUAUACACCUAUUUUUAGAGUGCUAGUGAAAGCCAGCUACCCCGAGUUUAUCACCCUAGGCUAGGAGGCUGACUCCCACGGGCUGUGUAGAAAUGCCCACUCUGACCAGGAAUAGAAUUUGUACUUUCCACACAACAGUUUAGAGCACUGUCUGGAAAAUGCUGAGUCAACCCUUCCAAUCAAUCGUCUGAGUGACUUGGCAAAAAUUGCCAUAGAGCAUUGUUAUACAAUUAUUUUAUUAUUUGUCUGAUUUCUUAUCUUUCCAAACAAAGCAGUUAAAUAUAUUUUUCUAUUCUUUUUCACUUGGAAAUGUAAGUGUUUUACUGGUUUUCCUGAUAACAGACCAAGAUUUAAACUGUGAUACAUUUUUAUGUGAAGCCAUCAUCAUUCUCCCUUUUCCAGGGGAUUGUUUACUGUAUUUGUUUUAAUCUACGGAUAUUUUUAAUAAAAUGUCAUUUACAGAUCUUUCAUAUUA